AUGGGAUGUACCCUGAGCGCAGAGGAGAGGGCGGCUCUGGACCGGAGCAAAGCCAUCGAGAAGAACCUGAAGGAGGACGGGCUGACCGCGGCCAAGGAUGUCAAACUGCUGCUGCUCGGGGCUGGAGAGUCAGGGAAAAGCACCAUCGUCAAACAGAUGAAGAUCAUCCAUGAGGACGGGUUCUCUGGUGACGAUGUGAAGCAGUACAAGCCUGUCGUCUACAGCAACACCAUCCAGUCUCUGGCCGCCAUCGUCCGCGCCAUGGACACACUGGGUCUGGAGUACGGAGACAAAGAACGCAAGGCCGACGCUAAGAUGGUGUGUGACGUGGUCAGUCGUAUGGAGGACACGGAGCCCUACUCCGCUGAGCUGCUGUCCGCCAUGAUGCGUCUGUGGGCCGACUCCGGCAUCCAGGAGUGUUUCAGCCGCGCCCGCGAGUACCAGCUCAACGACUCAGCGCAGUAUUACUUAGACAGCCUAGACCGGAUCGGAGCAUCGGACUACCAACCCACAGAGCAGGACAUCCUGAGGACCAGAGUGAAGACCACAGGCAUCGUGGAGACACACUUUACCUUCAAAAACCUCCACUUCAGGCUGUUCGAUGUGGGAGGUCAGAGGUCAGAGAGGAAGAAGUGGAUCCACUGUUUCGAGGACGUCACAGCCAUCAUCUUCUGCGUGGCACUCAGCGGAUACGACCAGGUUCUGCAUGAGGACGAGACCACGAAUCGCAUGCACGAGUCCUUGAUGCUGUUCGACUCGAUCUGCAACAACAAGUUCUUCAUCGACACCUCCAUCAUCCUCUUCCUCAACAAGAAGGAUCUGUUUGCAGAGAAGAUCAAGAAGUCUCCACUCAGCAUCUGCUUCCCCGAAUACACAGGACCAAACACCUACGAGGACGCGGCCGCUUACAUCCAAGCACAGUUCGAGAGCAAGAACCGCUCUCCAAAUAAGGAAAUCUACUGUCACAUGACCUGCGCCACAGAUACAGGAAACAUCCAGGUGGUGUUCGACGCUGUCACCGAUAUCAUCAUCGCCAACAAUCUUCGAGGGUGUGGCUUGUACUGAGCACACCCCGCCCCCACCCCUCCCUCCCUCCAUUCUGUCCUGCCCCUCCCCAUGUCCCCUCCCCCUCCUUUGCCUCCCCCCCCUUCCCUGUCCUUCUCCUCCUUUCCCCCGCCCCUUCCUGUUCCUUUGACACUGCUGUGGAAAUGAUGAUGACGACGAUGAUGAUUCUGCUGAUUAUUUAAAGAAAAAAAGAAAGAAAAAUGCAACUAGGUACAUAUUAAUAAUGAGGAUAAUUUAAAAAAAAUAGGCAUACGUAUAUAUAAAUAUAUAUAUAAUGUUUUAGUUCUUGUCUCUUCUCGCUCCAACUUUCUCCUCCUGAUGUUUGAAACUCCGCCCCCUGCAGCCUUGGAACCUUCUAGAACAAAGUGGAUGAAAGCCUGUGUACCUGCUCUGUUCGUUCUGUCUUUAACACAUGGCUUCUGUUUCUGAAAACCACCGCUAUUUAUUCCAUGAGUGUCUGGAACGGACUUUAUUCACCUUUGAUUUGGGUCAGAUUUCCUUUCUUUUCUUUGGCCUUAGUAGUGAUUAUGUUUUUAACGAUUUUACAGAAAUAUGUGAUAAUGUUUAUAGCACUGAAAAAAGGACAAACAGGUCAGCCAAACCCUCCGAACCUUCAAACCCUUCGAACCCUUCGAACCUUCGAGUCUUCGAACCCUUCGAGACCUGCUUGAUUUGAACCUUUUGUUUACAUGUGACAUUUUGAAGCCGUCAGUCGUUUUUAUUUCCUUUGUCUUCUUUUACUGCCUCACAUCCCAGAGCUGGUUUUCAUCGACAGGAAGUGAGGCUUCCAGACUGGCCUUAACCGUCGUCCAGCCAAUAGGAGAGGGGUUAAAGGUGGUCCGUGGGUGGGACUGGACUGUAGAUCGCAGGUCCACGUUCUAACGUUCCUCACUGUUCUAACCUCUAGACCUACUAACAUCCUCCAUGUAAAGGAACUCACUCCUGCUUUGAUCAUCUGUAUGGUUGAUUAAUUUAUUCGUUUAUUUAUUGAUUGAUGGACUGAUGGCCUGUCCUCCACACCUCUAUCUGUCCCACGUCUCUUCUUCUCUCACUUCCGUCUUCUUCAUCUUUUUCUUUGUCGGCCUUCGUUUGCAUGGCGUCCUGCGGUCCUGAUUUCAGGGGGCGGGGGAAGGGGGUCAGAGGUUGUCAUAAAGGGGGGGCGGGGUCAGAGGGCCUCUCUCUUUUUCUUGCCAACCCUUCUCUUCUCUCCUCCUCCUCCUCUUCUUCCCCUCCUAAAGCUUGACACAGAUAGCAUGAGAUACUCGAGCCUUUGUAUAAAUAGAACAGUUAAUUCAUAAAACUGAAAAAAAAAGCUUCACAUACUGUAGUACUGUUCCAAACAUAAUUUAACAAAAAAAAAGUCGUUUUGAUAAAAACUGCAAAAGAUGCCUAACAAGACA